UUUUAUUUUCAAUUAAUUGAUUAAUUAAUUAAUAUAAUCAAUUUUACAGGAUGGAAAAUAAUUGUGAAUGCAAAGAAUCAUCAAUUGAAGAGGGAAUUUUCGGUGAAUAUUUUCCAUCAGAAAAUGUAAAAUAUACAUCAACAGAAAUUACUGAUGAAGAUGCUAAUAAUUCUUUAAAACCAAUCACCAUUAAAUCCUACAAAUUAAUUAAUAAAAAUCGUAUGGAGGUUACACUUAUAACUUGGGGAGCAACAAUUGUAUCAAUAAAAUGUCCUGAUAAAUAUGGUAAAAUUGAAGAUGUUGUUAUUGGUUUUGAUAAUUUAGAAAAUUACAUGAAUAAAAAUAUAAAUGAAUACAUUGGAUCUGUUAUUGGUAGAUGUGCUAAUAGAAUAAAAUCUGGUAAAUUUACAAUUGAUAAAAAAGACUAUAAAUUAUCAUUAAAUGAUGGUGAUAAUCAUUUACACGGUGGAAAUAAAGGUUUAGGCAGACAAAUUUGGGAUUCAUUUAUUGAUAAUUGUUGUGUUGUUAUGACUUAUCUUAGUCCAGAUGGUGAAGAAGGAUAUCCUGGUGAUGUUUUAACAACAAUUAAAUUUAAAUUAACACAACAAAAUAAAUUAGAAAUAAAUAUACGUGCAACAACAUCAAAACCAACAGUUUUAAAUUUAACACAUGGAGUUUUAUUCAAUUUAGCUGGCCAUAAUGCUGGAGAAGAAGAGCUGAGAAAACAUUGUGUAUCAUUAAAUUGUGAUCGUUGGAUUUUUACUGAUGUUAAUGAUCCAAUUCCUACUGGUGGUAUACGUGGUGUUGGUGGUACUGUAAUGGAUUUAAGAAUUCCAAAAAAUCUUGGAGAUGCUAUGGACAAAGUACCACCAGCUGGAAUUGGUUUUGAUCAUAAUUAUUGUGUACUUAAAAAUUGGCAGCCUAGUUUGACAUUCAUGGCACGAAUUAAUCAUCCAGAUAGUGGAAGAGUUCUUGAAAUUUAUUCGGAUCAACCUGGCUUACAAUUUCAUACUUGUUCUAAUUUUCCACUUUCAAAAAAUGGUGAUGAUAAUGAUAAUGAUGAUGAUGAUGAUGAUGAUGAUGAUACAGUUACACAAGUUAGUCAUGAAGAAGUAUUAGAUAGUAAACAAUUUGAUGAACUAGAAAGUUAUGCAAGUUAUGAUGGUGAUGAAGAAGCUGAACAGUUUCAUUCACGUUCAAAUUUAAUGAAUAAUAAUUUUUCACAAUCUGAUACAGAAACAAUGCCAUCAACAAUAAAAUCUUCAUUACCAUUUAUUCCAGGAAAAAAUGAUUCUAAAUAUACAAAAUUUUGUGGAUUUGGUAUACAUCCACAGAAUUAUCCAAAUGCUGUUAAUAUUAAACAUUUUCCAUGCUCAAUUUUACGACCUGGCCAAGUUUAUUGUCACGAUUUAGCAUUUAAAUUUGGAAUACAACUAAAAAAUUAUAUGUAAAUUUAUGUUUUAUAUCAAAGUAAUAUUUAUUUUUCUUUUUAUUUAAAUAAAAUAAUUAUGAAAAAUAUAUUUUUAUUAAAAAAUAUAUACAUAUUAUUGUUUAACUA